AUGGCAACUUAUUUUGGAGUUACCUCAGCAGUGUUUUUCAUCUGGGUUAUGACAUUCAUGGCUCAAAAUUACUUUAUAACAGGUUCCAUUCUUUCACCUUGCAGGAUCACAGGUGUAGGAAUUUAUAUUGAGGAGAAAGUUAAUUUCUCAGAAGCAAGUAAUGCAUGUAAUCAACUGAAUCUACAACUGGCAAGUAAAGACCAAGUUGAAAGGGCUUUGAAACAUGGCUUUGAAACAUGCAGCUUUGGAUGGGUGAAAGAUGGAUUGGUUGUCAUUCCUCGGAUAUCAUCCAACAAGAAAUGUGGUAAGGGCAACGUUGGACUAGUGCAAUGGCGUGCUGACCUCUUUAAAACAUUUAUGGUUUACUGCUUCAAUUCCUCAGAUGUUCACAUUAAUUCAUGUAAACCAGAUCCAACUACAACCAUACCACCUUCAUUAAGUGCACCAACGGACUUAACUGCAUAUUCAGGCUCUGAUUUGACCGAGAACACCACAGCAGCGCCCAAUGUGACUGAGUCAGAACAAUCCCUGAAAAAUAUAAAAAUUCGCGUAAUAUGUAUAACUGAAACUAUAUUGCCAACAGAAGGGACUACUACAAAAAUCCCAGAGGAACACGCACCGAUUGACUCUCCGAACUACACUUCCCGUGCUGCUUUUAAGAAUGAUGCCAUUGUCUUUGGAGGUAUCCCCACUGCACUUCUUGUACUGGCAGUCGUCUUCUUCAUUGUUUCCGUUGUUCUAGCAGUCUGCUAUAUCAAAAAGUACAAGAAAACCUUCCCAUUUUCAAACAAGAAUCAGCAAAAAGAAAUGGUUGAAACUACUGCCCUCAAAGAGGCUAAGUCAAAUGACAAAACACCUGAGAAGGAAACAAAGAAUAAUGGAAAAAAGGUAGAAGAGUCUAAAAUCAAGCCUGAGGCCACAGUAAAAUGUCUAGAAGCAGAAGUUUAA